AUGGGCCAUGAAACUGGCCAGAGGGGCAAUGACUCUGGGCCCCAGUGGGGUAGUACCCAGGACCUGAUGCAAGACGAAGACUUCAAAAGAUUUAAAGACAAGCUCUCCUAUUCAGACCUUGAAGGAAAGCGUUCCAUAAUUCCCCGAAGUCGGCUAGAGAACGCGGACAGGGUAGAUACCAAGAAUCUCCUGCUCAAGUGUUAUGGUGGAGAUGAUGCAAUAGAUGUAACCAUACAAGUGCUCUCGGAGAUUAAUCAAAAACAGUCUGCUGCUAAACUCAGAAAAGAGAAAGAGAAAGAUUACAGGAUUAAAUACAGAGAAUAUGUAUGGGAAGAAUAUCAAGUAAUUCAAGACAAAAAUGCCCUCCUUGGUCAAUGGGUGAACCUAAACAGAAGGUACACCCAUCUCUUGAUCAUUCAGAAACAUUGCCUGCUGGAAGAGAAGCAGCAUGAAAUCAUGUCCACAGGAAGGAAACAUGCCAACAUGAUGGGCAAGCAAGCCAGUCCAGGUAGUGUUGCAGCUUUAUUUGAUGCUGAUGAAAACAGAGUGAACCCUAGAACUGUUGUGCUCCAAGGGCCUGCUGGGAUUGGAAAAACAAUGACCGCGAGGAAGAUUAUGUUGGACUGGGCAGUUGGCAAACUCUACCAAGGCAAGUUUGAUUAUGCAUUCUACAUAAACUGCAGAGAAAUUAACUUGAUGACUGAGCAGCAUAGUCUGAUAGAUUUAAUCUUUUGGAACUGUCCUGAGAGAAAUGCUCCCCUGGAAGAUAUUUUUUCAAAUCCAGAGAGGCUUCUGUUCAUAAUCGACGGUCUUGAUGAACUGAAAUUUCCCUUAGAAUCCAAUGGGGAACACCUGUGUUUUGAUCCUAGUCAAAAGAAGCCGGUGAAAGUUGUACUGAGAAGUUUAGUCAAGAAAAGCAUUCUUCCCAAAUCAUAUUUAAUCAUCACUACAAGGCCAAUUGCUCUGGAGCAACUGCAGAAGUAUCUGAAGUAUCCCCGCCACAUAGAGAUCCUGGGGUUUUCUGAGAAGGACAGGGAAGAGUAUUUCCACAAGUAUUUUGGGAACGAGAGGCAAGGGGUACAAGCUUUUGGGGUUGUGAAAGCAAAUGAGAUGCUCUUCACCAUGUGCUUUGUCGCCAUUGUGUGUUGGAUCAUCUGCACUGUGAUGAAGCAACAGAUGGAUAGAGGAGAAGAUCUUGUGCAGACUUCAAAAACAACUACCUGUGUAUACAUGUUUUAUUUAACUAGCUUACUCGGAGAUCACAGUCCAGUGUUGGAAAGAGGUAAACAGAAACAUUUCCAAAACCUUUGUCUCUUAGCCAGAGAAGGAGUCUUGACAAGGAAAAUACUCUUUGAGGAUGAUGACCUCCAAAAACAUGGCUUAAAUGAGGCUGACAUCCGGUCACUCUUCCUUCACAAGCAACUUUUCCAGCAAGAUAUUGAUUGCCAAUCUGCCUACAGCUUCAUCCACUUAAGUUUCCAAGAGUUUUUUGCAGCCUUGUCCUACGUGCUAGAGGAAAUACCAGAAAUUGUCAAUAAAUCAGAUUGUUGUUAUGAAGACGUGAGAAAGUUGCUAAAAGAUUUUGGAGAGGGUGGAAAUGAGUACUUAGUGUUGACAGUCCGCUUUCUGUUUGGUCUUUUAAAUGAAAAAAUGAGGAAAACCAUAGAGAAAAGUUUAGGCUGUAAAAUUUGUUCAGAAAUAAAACAAGUGCUUUUGGACUGGAUCGAAGCUGAGGUGGCAUCAAAGAGCUGUCAAAAGAAAUCUGAGAUAUUCUGUUGCUUAUAUGAGAUUCAAGAAGAAGAGUUUGUGGGAAGAGCAAUGGAUUGUAUCCCCGAGAUUAAGCUAGCCGCUUCCUUUGAGAUUCUUACCUCUGUCCUCACCACGAAUCAACACAUCAGAGAAUUCAACUUACAGCAAAGUGACCUAGGAGAAGUGGGAGUGAUCAAACUCUGUCAAGCACUCAAGCAUCCCAACUGCAAACUGCAGAUACUGAGAUUACGUUGCUGUAACCUCAGCCCCAAGUCAUGUGAGAAACUAGCCUCUAUCGUUCCUAAAAACCAGAACCUGAGAAUGCUUUAUUUGGACUUUAACAAUAUAGGGGAUGCUGGACUAAUAGAGCUCUGCCAAAUGUUGAUGCAUCCAGACUGCCAACUGCAGGUACUCAGCUUGCUCAGUUGCAAUCUCACUGCUGCUUGCUGUGUGAAUCUUGCUUCUGUCCUCUGUAAAAACCAGUCCCUGCUAGAGCUGUCUCUAGGCCAUAAUGAAGAAAUGGGAGAGGCUGGCGUGCAGCUCUUAUGCGAAGGCCUUCUACACCCAAAUUGCAAAAUAGUUUCACUAAGCCUCUUGCGGCAAGAAAACUGA